ACGAGGAGGGAGUGGGAACUUGGUAUUUUUCUUUCUUUUCUUCUCCUUCUCGCUUUUCAUUCUCCCUCUCUCUCUUCAUUUGUUUUCAUUUUCAAGGGUUUCGAGGUUUCAAAUCUUUCUCUGUAAAAAAUCACAUCUGAUCCCUCUCGUUCUCUUUCUAACAACAAAUAUUCGAGUCUUGAAAGGAUUCCAAGUUUCAUUAUUUGUAAAUCAACGACGAUCUAAGAUUAUUUUUUGGAGAAAUGGUGUCGAUUGGCCCGAGAUUUGGAAAUCAAUUCUUGUUAUUUUGAUUCUGAUAAAUAUUCGAGAUAAUUUAAUCAAGAAGAAGAAGAUAUUGUUGUAUAGGAUAUUGAUUUUUCGUGGUAAUUAAGGUAUCUGAGAUCCAGGGUUUUUAUGUGCAAUUAGGUUUUGAUGGACAUGGAAGUAGUAGUAGGGGAUGUGGCGUCCUUAGAUAUUGAAUUGCUACAGUUACCUGAGUUAUCUCCGAUAGCUCUUAAAUCAAACCCUCACAUUGUUGCCGAGUUGUUCUCACAGUGGCUUUCACUUCCUGAUACUACUCGUCUGGUAAAAUCUUUGCUUGAUGAUGCUAAAGCAGGCUCUCCACUCAAUGUGUCAGGGAGUUCUUGUAGUUCAACCGCUGGCUCGAACAAUUCAUUGCCUUCCAUGUUUCCAGCAGGCAGUGCUCCACCACUUUCACCUAGGAGUUCAUCUGGUUCACCGCGCAUCACAAAGCGCCUAGGGGUUGGCCCAUCUUCUUUAGGUUCUCCUCUAAGAUUAGUCAAGCAGCCAGUUAGAGAAGUCAUACCCCAGUUCUACUUUCAAAAUGGCCGCCCACCCCCAAAUGAUCUGAAACAGCAAUGCUUGGCUAGAAUUAAUCAGAUUUUUGCUGGGCACUUAGAUACUGGGCUGCAAGUUCAUGAUUUUAAAUCAGUUACAAAGGACAUUUGCAAGUUACCAUCAUUUUUUUCUAGCUCUCUUUUCAAAAAGAUUGAUGUGAACUGCACUGGGGUGGUGACAAGGGAUGCAUUUGUUGAUUACUGGGUCAAUGGCAACAUGUUGAGCAUGGAUAUAGCAACCCAGAUAUUUACGGUUUUGAAGCAACCAGAUCGCAAGUACCUCACUCAGGAAGACUUCAAACCUGUUCUACGAGAACUUUUGGCAGCUCAUCCUGGUUUGGAGUUCUUACAAAGCACACCGGAGUUUCAAGAAAGAUAUGCGGAAACCGUCAUAUACAGAAUAUUUUUCUAUGUGAAUAGAGCAUGGAAUGGUCGUCUUACUCUGCGGGAAUUGAAACGUGGCAAUCUAAUUACUGCAAUGCAACAUGCUGACGAGGAAGAGGAUAUAAACAAAGUGUUAAGAUACUUCUCUUAUGAACACUUCUACGUUAUAUACUGCAAGUUUUGGGAGCUUGAUCAAGAUCAUGAUUUCUUGAUCGAUAAGGAGAACCUCAUCAGAUAUGGUAACCAUGCCCUUACCUACCGGAUAGUCGAUAGAAUUUUUUCACAGAUUCCAAGAAAAUUUACUUGCAAGGUUGAAGGGAAGAUGGGAUAUGAAGAUUUCGUUUACUUCAUGCUGUCGGAGGAAGAUAAAUCAUCCGCACCUAGUCUUGAGUAUUGGUUCAAGUGUAUAGAUUUGGAUGGAAAUGGUGUGCUGACAUCCAAUGAAAUGCAAUUUUUUUAUGAAGAGCAGUUGCAUCGCAUGGAGUGCAUGGCACAAGAGCCCGUGCUCUUUGAGGAUAUUUUGUGUCAGAUGGUUGACAUGAUUGGACCAGAGAAUGAAUGCCAUAUUACGCUACAUGAUCUGAAAGGCUCCAGGCUCUCUGGAAAUGUCUUCAAUAUCCUUUUCAAUCUCAACAAAUUCAUGGCUUUUGAGACACGCGAUCCAUUUUUGAUUCGUCAGGAACGUGAAGAGCCCACCUUGACAGAGUGGGAUCGUUUUGCACAUAGAGAAUAUAUUAGGCUUUCAAUGGAAGAAGAUGGUGAAGACGCUUCUAAUGGAAGUGCAGAAGUUUGGGACGAAUCACUUGAGGCUCCGUUCUGAGCUUGAUGAAGUUAGUUGUUAUCUUCAACUCCAUGUCUUGGGUCUUGCUAAGCUGAAACAGGUGAAUAAAUCCAUCUCAUUUGUGCAGGUAGGUAUAGUAGAGAGUUGCUGAAUACUUACACCCAUGAACCUAAGGCAGAAGUCUGAAAUUGGCUCUUGGGAGUUGGGACGGGUCAUUGUGCCUUCCUGACUUCAAAAAAGAAAGAAGCAAACCUCCAAUAUUUGAUCAUCAUUAACUCCAUCAUGAUAAGUCUUAAGAGUCGCACAAUUUAUUUUAUACUUAGAUGUGUGCAUCUUUCUUGGCCGCAAGUUUGAUGAGGAUGGGGGCGGCAUUGUGGAAAAUAGUGUAUUUGCAGAAAGGAUGGAUGGGCAUAGGAGCAGCAGCAGCAGAUACUGGCUGGUGAUUAAUUGUCACCAGGCAGUAACAGCAAUGAUUUCAUUUUUGUUUUUCCUUUUAUAUGUGAUUAACCCCCUUUAAAAAGUCUAUUUACUCUUUAGUCUCUAGUCCUGAAAAUUAAAAUUGCUGCUCGCCUCCAUAAAUUAUUAUUUCGAAAAAUAUUUUUUCUUA